GCGUGUUGCAGUGUUGGCCACCUCAUCCGCCUCGUCGGCUUCACCACCAGGAGAAAAGGCAAAGGCACCGCCGUACCAUUCCUCCAGGCCAGGCCUCCAGUCCUCGCUCUCCUCCUUUCCUCCCCUCUCCUGCAGCUUCAGCCUUCGGUUCAGGGGAUCUCCAUUCCUCCUCUGUUCGCCGGUGCGCUUCGGAUUGGCCUGUCCGGGGAGGCCAGAGAAUCACUCAGACCGGGAUACAGGCAGGAAUUUCAGUAUGCAACAAAUGGCCAUGUCAGCAUUCGUGGUAACCUCACCUUCAUCGCAUGACUAUGCCUUAUCAGCCCUCCAUGCUCGUCAUUCUCAAAGAUUGCACACGAGACGCAUUCGCAGCCAAGUCCGGGCACUGGCACAAACACAGUUGCAGUACAAUAAGCUGGGAGAUUCAGACCUCCUUAUCAGCGAGGUCGCUCUUGGAACAAUGACCUUUGGAGAGCAAAACACAGAGAAGGAAGCACAUGGAAUACUCUCUUAUUCUUUCGAUCAAGGUGUCAAUAUACUGGAUACAGCAGAAAUGUACCCAGUUCCACCCAACAAGGAAACUCAAGGGAGGACUGAUCUUUAUAUUGGCAGGUGGAUGCAAUCGAAGCCACGGGAAAAGAUAAUUUUGGCCACCAAAGUUGCCGGUUAUUCAGAGCGUUCUACUUUUCUUCGGGACAACGCAGAAGUGGUGCGUGUCGAUGCUGCCAACAUCAAAGAAAGUGUUGAAAAGAGCCUUAAACGCUUGUCUACAGACUAUAUUGAUUUGCUUCAGAUACACUGGCCAGAUAGAUAUGUGGCACUAUUUGGUGAAUUUAGUUAUAAUUCAACCAAAUGGAGACCAAGCAUCCCUUUUGAGGAUCAACUGAAAGCUUUCCAGGAGCUAAUUGACGAAGGAAAGGUUCGCUACAUUGGUGUUUCCAAUGAGACCUCAUAUGGAGUAAUGGAGUUUGUACAUGCUGCAAAGGCUCAAGGCCUUCCAAAGAUCGUGAGCAUCCAGAACAGUUAUAGUCUACUUGUGAGAUGCCGCUUUGAAGUUGAUCUUGUUGAAGUUUGCCACCCAAAUAACUGCAAUGUCAGACUGCUUGCCUACUCCCCAUUGGCUGGUGGCGUUCUUACUGGAAAGUAUCUUGAUGCUAAUGCUGACACCUCAAAGAGGAGCAGGCUGAAUCUCUUCCCUGGAUACAUGGCGCGCUACAACGCCUCUCUGGCUAAAGAAGCGACAAAUGAAUACGUAAAGCUUGCCAAGAAUCAUGGGCUAACUCCAGUCCAGCUUGCCCUCGGCUUUGUGCGGGAUCGUCCAUUUACUGCUAGCUCCAUCAUUGGAGCAACCACCAUGGAUCAGUUAAAGGAGAAUAUUGAUGCGUUUACCAGUGCUCCACGGCCUCUGCCACAAGAAGUUCUUGAUGGCAUCGAGGACCUUUUCAAGAGAUACAAAGACCCGGCAAUCCUAUAGGUGCUGAUCACCAUUUUAACGAAAAGAACCAGCAAUUCUCAAACAAUACAAAGAUGCAGCAAACAUAUUAGAACUUUUGAUCAUACCAUUUCGUUCAUGCUGAUACAACUAUUUCUUUAAUCUUCCAUUGGCUAUAUGGAUAAUACCAUCAGAAUUAUGGUUUAUUAUUUUACUUUUCAGUGUAUGUAGAAAGGUUUUCAUACUUUAUACAAGUACAGUGAGUCCAAAGGGAAGACAUUCUUUUGUACUCUGUUACUAAAUGCCCGAUAUCUUGGACAUUCA